AUGUCUGUGGCUUUGGGGGUGACGAGCUCCGGUGAAAGAGAAUCGAAGCUCGAAUGUUUCUCGAGCCAACAUGAUGAGUUGGAAAAGAAGUUUUUCGAAGAGAGGGUUGCAUUGGAAGCAAAAUACCAGAAGCUCUAUGAACCUCUCUACAGUAAAAGGUACGAAAUUGGCAAUGGUGUAACCGAAGUUGAAGGAGUUAAUCCUGAAUCUGCAUUGGACCAAGGAGAUAAUGCCACCGAAGAGAAAGGGGUGCCGGAUUUCUGGCUCACGGCAAUGAAGACCAAUGAAGUUCUUUCUGAGGAAAUCUCAGAGCGUGAUGAAGGGGCUCUGAAGUACCUCAAGGAUAUCAAGUGGUCUAGGAUAGACGAACCAAAAGGAUUCAAGCUUGAGUUUUUCUUCAAUGCCAAUUCUUAUUUCAAAAAUUAUGUACUGACAAAAACGUAUCACAUGAUUGAUGACGAUGAACCUAUUUUGGAGAAGGCAAUUGGGACGGAGAUUGAUUGGUAUCCUGGGAAGAGCUUGACGCAGAAGAUCUUGAAGAAGAAGCCAAGAAAGGGAUCAAAGAAUGCUAAACCCAUAACUAAAACUGAAGACUGUGAAAGCUUCUUUAACUUCUUCAACCCUCUUGAGAUACCUGAUACUGAUGAUGGAUUUGAUGAGGAAACUGCUGAAGAACUUCACAGUCAGAUGGAGCAGGAUUACGACAUUGGGUACGUGGUGGUACCAUUUCAUCAUUGGCCCUUUUUAGAAAACCCUAAAAUUGCAUCAAAGCCCCGUUCAGCUCUCUCCCUCUCCUCCCGACCGCACGCAGACCUCAUCCUUGCCAGAGCAGAAGUCCACCGUUCGGCCACCGCUUUGACUGCCGCUGGUCCCGUUCAACUCAGUCGGACAUCGCCUCCAAGUCUAGGGUGGUGUAGCACGGCGUCGCAGGCCGAAGAUAGAGCUGUUGGCCGGAGAAGCUUCACGUGGUUCCCCGAAGCAGAGGUCCACCGUCUGACCGCCGAUUCAACCGCUGCUGGUCUCGUUCGGUGCGCACAGACCUCCUCUUCACUUCUAGGGCAGCGCCGCUCGUCGUCUCGCCGCCUAGACGCCGCUGCUAAGUGGAGGAGCUGUGGUGGUCUUGCCGGAUUUUUGUUGGUUUCGACGGCGUUUUAG